GGCUGCGCCCAUUUUUACGACAAGAAAAAGCAUUGGUUUGACUGAAAGUCUGACGUUUACACCGCAAGCUGGAUGUGAAAAUGAAUCCUCUGGAUCCCCAAAAGAUCAUUCUGAACAGCACAUGCACCGUCUCUCUGCAUGACCGCUUGACCAGUUUGUUGAAGCAUCAGCCAGCAGAUGUGAUGGACAUCACAGCCGCAGUGAACCAGCAGACUGCAGCCUCACUGAAGAAGAACCAGCGUCUGGCUCUGGAAAUGGCCAACAGACCUUCUGUGUUGGCUGCCCUAAAUAACAUAUCUAAUAUAAAUAAUCAACUGUGCAAAGUGAGUGUGAAGGCAAGACUCGGCCAUCCCAUGGUGAGAGUGGGCAUGAUGGGAUUGCGGGGGCAAAUGAGAGGAGGAGGAGGCGGCGGCAGAAGAAGAGGAUUAGUCAAAGGAUUUUACACAAGGAGAAGCAUAAGUAGUCUGCGAGGGGUAGUCUCCUCUCUAGGUGUUCAGAAGGGGUGGGGCCAGCAACAGUGUGGAGGAAAUGUGAUUUGGACUGGACCAAUGGGAAGCAGAGGGGGAGGAGCCAUUACAAAGACAGGUGGUGGUUCUUUUAUGUCUGUCAGUAGGGCGUAUUCAGGGUGCAGCCGGGCCAGAUUCGACAGCCACCAGAUUCCUUCUCGAGAGCAGUUGGAUGAACAACUGGAUGACUACAUGUCCAUGUCCAAGAUCCAUCUGGACGCAGAGCUGGAUCCAUAUAUGGCUCAGGUUGAUUUGGAUGACAUAGUGUGAUGAGACCAAAGUUGAGCUCAACUGCAUAUUCCUUAGUUUAACCCUAACUAAUGGAGCAUGUAGUCUAACUUGCUCUGUUACAGGGCUAUUUGUCCUUACUGAUCGACUCCAGCAGACCUGAACUUAUUUUAUAUAGUUUUAUAUAUACCAUCCUU